AUGGAGCCUCGGAUAACGACGUUGCUAGAUCAGUCGCCUUACAAAAGAGUCACCCUUGAUCCUUCUGUGCUGACAACCACAUCGUCGUCCGUUGCUACUCGCUAUACUGAGCCCGGAACUAGCGUUAAUGACGCACGUCUAAAUCGUGAUUCUCAAAGCCAUAAAGACCAUGUUGAGAGCAGGAUCAAGACCUCGUUACAGGCGCAUUCAAGUGCUCCACUUGCUCGGGUACUGAAUGAUUCGACGUGUCCGUCUCGCGUCCUUCAGCCUACAGGUGGUCAUCAAACCCCCCAGCAUGCAGCCUUUCGUAUCGGGAAUGAUGAUCCAAGACUAGGCCCUACCUCAAUUUCACCAGAUGCACGAAGAAGGGACCGGACUCACAACCCUAUUGGUAUCUCUGGGAGUGAUGCUUCACUCAUACAGUUGCCAAAGCCACCACAGGCUCUACGGAAGACUGUAAAACGGCCUAGGAUACCGCCAUUGCUACAGGGUCUGCACCAGCCGCCUCCGCUGCCGCCCAAGAGUAGAUUGUUUCCGCCCAUCACCAGCGACAGAAGUGGACUCGUGAGCGAUGUCGGUGAGCGAUUUGGUCUUGGGAAUGCCUUUUCCACGAGCAGUACUGAGGAACUGGCCAAAGCUCGAGUCUCGCCACACAAGACAAACGACGCUGAAAGCGAUGAUACAAGGCAAGCGAGACAUGCAGAUAGCCCACAAAAAGAAUCACAUAGAUCGGGUCCGGGUAUUGGGCCUGCGAAUCAUCCACCAGUAACACAGACCUCAAGCCAGGCUCGAAGCCAAGUCAAGGCACCGCGGAAGCGAACUAGGUGGACACAAAAAGAGACAGAAGACUUGCUUACUGGGGUCAGCAGGUUUGGUAUCGGUAGAUGGAAGCAGAUCCUUGAUUGUACGGACUUUCAAUUCCAGGGGAGAACCGCAGUGGAUCUAAAAGACCGAUUCCGGGUGUGCCGCCCUGGCGAAGGUCUCAAAGUCAAGGUGCCAGCACCCGAGAAAGCUGAGACCAAACGACCCGGUGAGCUUUCUGGACCAAGUAGUGAACCUAGGACAGUAUUUUCAAACGACAGCAUAGUAGAUCAUGCCGUCCCGCUAGUUCCGUGGACUACUUCCGAAGAGACGGAGGUUCAAGACUCGGUCAGUCAAGCUGCAACGAGCAAGACGGAUGUCCAUGGGCCGUUCCUCAAGAGCAAACGUCGAGCACGCCGCGAAUUCAGCGACACGGACGACAAGAACCUCUUGAAAGGCUUCAAACGAUACGGUCCUGUCUGGCACUUGAUGCGCAACGACUGUGAGCUGGGGUUCGACAUGCGUCAUCCAACAGAUCUGCGCGACCGCUUUCGCAUCCGGUAUCCUGAGCUCUUCUCCCAAGCUGGCUACAAGCUGAAACCCAAGGAGGAGCGCGUAUUGAAAGACCGGGCAAGCGAGCCCAAAGCACAGAGAUUACAGGCUUCCUCACGUUCCACAGAAACGGCAGAUAAUACGUCUGAUAUCUCAAGCCAGGUGGUGGCUCAGCGCAGAAGUGACAAAUCGACCGCUCAUGCAGCCAUUCCCACGAUGCCUAACGCACCAUCCGUCACAACUGGCGCGCCGGUUGGUACCACAUCACAGACCGACCCCAUGCGACCUACGUUCGAUUUGAUGACGGACCUCACCUUUGACGACGACGACGGUGAGCGCAGCCCUAUCAUAUUGAACCGCAAUAUCCUACAGUGGGCCGACGAGAACUCGUCGUCAGCCAUCCCAGCAACAACAGUACCAGCAGCCACCCUGGCCAGCAGCCACACCUCCAGCGAUAUGCUCUACAACCCCUUCACAGCCAGCGACGGGCUACACAUCAACCCACUCGCAACGCUCAAGCUGCCCUCGACCGCGCACUGGAGCUACAUGAACCCGCCCUCAGCCGCGCCACCCUCUCUCCCUCCCCCGGGUGCGCUGAAGCACGGAUUGGCCAGUCACGCGGAGCACGCAGGGGCCAGUCGCGCUCCCAACAGCAUUGCAGGGACGGCAAUGAUGACGACGCCGAUGGCGAGCGCACCUCCACCGAGUAGUAGCAGCACCGUCGCGUCUCGCACGCAGGCAGACAUGCGCGCGCCCAACCUGCCCAACAUAGUGUUUCCGUACGUGCCGAAUGCGAGCGCGCGCAACGCCGUGCACAACCUGCCGCCGCCGGCGGAUAUCCUGUCGUCGGGCCAAGCGGGCGCGGAUGGGUAUAUUUGGAUUGGGUGA